AUGUCGGAAAUCACACCCAUCACAGAAUGGCCGGAUUACAAGGUCGACCCUCAAGGUGGCAACCCCAUCACUCAGGACCUCAACGCUCCAUACGACAAGGGCGACCUAUGUUGGAUCCUCGUCUGUACCAUCCUCUGUUGGCAAAUCACCCCGGCCAUCGGUUAUCUGUACGCCGGCAUGCAUCGACGCAAGGCGGCGUUGACCAUGAUCUUCCAGUCCUUGUUCUGCGCGUCGGCCUGCGGCAUCCAAUUCUGGAUCUACGGGUAUUCCCUGUACCAGUCGCACACGACGAACCCCAUCCUGGGCGACCUCAGCCUGGCGGGGCUGCACAACGUCCUCGCCGCCCCGUCUCUCGCCAACUCCGACAUCCCGGACAUCUUGUACGCCUGCUUCGGCUUCACCUUCGUCACGGCGACCGCCAUGAUCCUGGCCGGUGCCAUGCUGGAGCGUGGCCGUCUCUGGCCCAGCAUGUUGUUCUUGCUCUGUUGGACCACGUUCGUGUAUUACGUCCUGGCGUACUGGGAGUGGAACCCUUCCGGCUGGCUCUACAACCUGGGGGUCUACGACUUUGCCGGCUCCGGCCCCGUGCACAUCGCCAGCGGGUUCAGUGCCCUGGCCUGGAGUCUCAUGCUGGGACCACGCAUCAACGAGCACACUUCCGGGGAGAGGGCCAAGAUCAUCCAUUUCAAACCUCACAAUCCGUUCCUCGUCGGGAUAGGAACUUGCUUCAUCUGGUUUGGCUGGUUCGCUUUCAACGGCGCAAGCACAGCAAACCUAUCGCUUCGGUCGGUGUAUGUCGUCGUCAAUACCAACCUGGCGGCGUGUGGUGGUGGUAUCGGUUGGACGUUGCUCGAGUAUUGGUAUACACGGAAAUUUAGUAUCAUUGGAUUUUGUUCAGGUAUCAUUUCCGGACUUGUCGGAAUCACACCUGCAGCUGGUUUUGUACCGGUCUACGUGGCGGCACUGGUCGGUCUCGUCACCUCGACGGCUUGUUUCUUCACAAACAAGUACAAAUAUCUCAUAUCCAUCGACGAAGGACUCGACAUAUUUGCCAUCCACGGGGUCGGAGGGUACGUGGGUGAUUUGUUGACCGGACUGUUUGCCGCUUCGUUUGUCCCGGCCCUGGACGGCGUCAGCGGUGACGGUUACGCCGGAGGGUGGUGGAACCGACACUGGAUCCAGUUGGGUUACCAAUUCGCGGGCGCGACGACUUGCGCGGCUUGGAGUUUCGUGGUGAGUUGUAUACUACUGUUUGUGAUCGACAGGAUCCCGGGUUGCAAGUUACGAGUCAAGGAGGAGGAUGAAGCCCGAGGUCUCGAUUUCAAGUACCUGUCCGACGCUCAUUGGGAUGACACGGGAAGAGGUAGUAUGAGUAUGGCCGUGACCGGCCGAGACGAGGCGGUCGUCAUCACCGAAGGUGUACCCUUUACAGGUUCGGGACCCGGAAGUGAAGACUCGGGUGAGAACGACGAAAGUGGUGGUGAUGAUACUCGUCAUACUGCCGCCAGAAGAGGCGGAGUAGAGACCACAACGGAGGGGCAGAUCACGACAGGACCUAUGAAGAGGGAGUGAGAAAGAAAACGGGCUCAAAAACUGAUCCGUCCAUGACCUGUGUGCUCGACGGUGGUGAUUGUUGAAACAAUGGUGGUAUUGCUGUCCCAAUGAGAAUAUACCUAUAUACGUACUCUGCACGUCACUCAAGAAUUCUUCCGUACCGAUACCGAUCCAAG